CCUCAUUUAUAAUCUGUGAUAGUUUGCUGCACUGUAUUGUGUUCGUUGAUAUCUGACACUGACUCUGACUUGAGAAAUUUACGAUGUCUGAUUGUUCUGAUGUAGACAAAUGGAUAGAAAUUGCCAAACAAUGUAAAUAUUUACCGGAAAAUGAUUUAAAGCAACUUUGUGAUAUUGUUUGUGACUUGCUUUUGGAGGAAUCAAAUAUUCAACCUGUAUCAACACCAGUCACUGUUUGUGGUGAUAUUCAUGGUCAGUUUUAUGACUUGGAAGAACUGUUCAGAAAUGGAGGCCAGGUUCCCGACACAAACUACAUCUUCAUGGGGGACUUUGUGGACCGUGGCUACUACAGCCUGGAGACUCUCACGAGAUUGUUAACACUCAAGGCUCGGUGGCCGGACAGGAUCACUCUUCUCCGAGGAAAUCAUGAGUCUCGUCAGAUUACACAAGUCUAUGGCUUUUAUGAUGAAUGCCAAACAAAAUAUGGCAAUGCAAAUGCCUGGAGGUAUUGCUGUAGAGUAUUUGACCUCCUCACCAUUGCAGCGCUGAUAGAUGAGCAGGUCUUGUGUGUGCAUGGAGGCCUUUCCCCAGACAUCAAAACUUUGGAUGAGAUCCGGAUUAUUGACAGAAAUCAAGAAAUUCCUUACAAAGGAGCAUUCUGUGACCUGGUUUGGUCAGAUCCUGAAGAUGUGGAGACUUGGAACAUCUCCCCACGCGGUGCAGGCUGGUUGUUUGGCGCUCGCGUCACUCACGAGUUCAUGGACAUCAACAGGCUCAAACUGAUCUGCCGAGCACAUCAACUGGUGCAUGAAGGAUACAAAUACAUGUUUGACGACAAGCUAGUGACUGUAUGGUCAGCUCCUAACUACUGCUAUCGCUGUGGCAACAUUGCUUCUAUCCUGGAGUUCAAAGACCUGGAGAACAAGGAGCCCAAGCUCUUCUAUGCAGUUCCUGACGCUGACAGGGUCAUACCGUCGCGUGUCACCACGCCGUACUUCCUGUAAUUCCGCUGUCCCGGAUUUUAGUGCCUAGUUCUCUGUCCCUUGUAUCAUAAUUUAUGAAAUUUUCUAUAUUUUUGCAAAGAUACUAAAUGUACUUUGUACAUGACUGGCUUAGUAAUAUUCUGUAAACGUUCUACGGGUAAAAAGAUUAAGUUUAAACGUGUUAAAAUUGUUAGUAUUUAAAUUUGAACAAAGGUAAUGCUUAAAUUUCUAAUUAAUAUGAUUUGUUGUAUCAAAAUUAUUGUUUAAUUUGGCAAUUUUAAUAGUUUUAACGAAGUCAGUUAUUGGAAUAAAUAUGAUAAAUUUUAAAAAAAAUUAUCGAUUUUGCUACUUAGUUUUAUUUUAUUUGUAAUUUAUUAAUUCACAGCUUUAAACUAAAGUACUCAUUUAUGCAUACAUACACAUUUAUUUUGUAACAAGACUGCAUGCACAGAAACAGUUUUUAUAGUCAUAAACAAAUAAAAAAUUACAAAGUGGGUCUAAAGUUGGAGCUCCAAUGAAAAGUACCAUCAAUCUUAAUAUGACCAUGGAAUUUAUUCUAUUCUUUGUCAAAUUUGUUUGAUUUCAAACUUGAAAUGUUGAACAUGAAUAGGUACUGUUCACCAAUGCGUUAUUUCCAGAACUAUUAUUACUAUACCCGCCUUGUAUCUAGCAUUUCUAAUUCAGCAACAUUAUAAAUUUUACAGUAAUUGAAUUUAAGAAAAGAAAAUGUAGAUGUGUGGGUGAAAAUAAUUGUAGUUAUUAUUAUUCAGCCUGUUUGAAAAUAAUUUUAUUAUAUUCAGCUUGUUCUUGGAAGGUAACAAAAGAACCGUUACAAGUGGUUGCAACAGUAAAACAUAAUAUUAUGGCACUGCAUCUGUUGGAAGGAUCUUUUCUGAAACAGUUCUUUACUGAGUCAUCUCUCAACUGGUCUGAUCACCAACCAAACUAUUCUUGGAUAGUAGCUUUUUUUAUAAUUGAUAAUACUCUUGCAAGAAGAAUGCUUUAUUGAGGGUUAAUCCCACUGAUCUGAUCACUGAGAACUGUUCUCAGAGAAUAGUUCAUUUUCCUCUGGUUAAGGAGACCAUAGUUCUUUGCUGAGAACAUUUCAUUAAUAAGAAUAAUGUAGAUACAAAAUCUCCGGAGUUAAUUUUGUAAUUCAAAUUCAGAAAUAAGUAUUUUAUUUUUGAGUGCUUGAUUUAAUAAUCAGCCACCUAGGCCUCUCAGUACUAAUAUAUUUCUUGCAAUACUCAUCUACUGCAAUGCCAUUCCUCAACUAGUAUUGCUAAUUUUUUAUUUUUGCAUUGUUAGAGAACUUUAUUUUCAGAAAGUUGUUACCAACUUAUACCGCACAAUGUUUUUUGUAAUGCUUAAUUUUUAUUAGAUAUUGAAGACUUCUACAUUUACUCUUUCAACCACUCCAAUAGGCGUAUUAUUUGUUUACAGUUUCAUUGAUGUUCUAAAAACAGUAAUAUCUUCAACUGUAUAUUAAUUGUGAAACUGCAGUUAAUUUAAAAUAAAAUAUCACAAUAGUGAUGUUAAUUCAAUAAAUAAGUACACACGUUAUUGUGAUUGAUUCAUGAAUACUCAAAAAGUACAGGUAGUGUAAAAUUAAUUGUAAUAAAGUGCAAUGUUAGAAAUCAGAAUUUGUGAAGAAAAUUUGAAUGAUUGAUUUGAGCAAAUCUUAAUUAGUGAAAUGUAUUCCACUAAGGUAUUUUUAUAUCUUUAUAUUGGGAAUAGACUACGUAAAACCGUAGAUUCUAGCAACAAACUUACAGGUUUUUGCAGUUAUAAUUUUAACAUUUAUACAUCAUAUUACACUAAUUUCUAAUUGGUGUAAUGGACUGCAUGUAUCCAAGUUCUACAUUUCCAUUGUUUGCUAGAAUUAAAGGGUAAUGAACUGGGAAUGUUAGUUCUACAAUGUUCUAAUUGUUGAGUGCACCCUCUCCCUCCCCCCCAUUCCACACAUCAGUCUCAAGUUUCCAUGUGUUGGUUUGUUAUAUUUCACUUGUGUUUUAUUUAUAAAAUAACAUUAUUUAUAUAAAUAUAUAUAGAAACUUUGAUAUUGCUAGACAACCCCAUGUUGUAAGAUAUUUUUAUUACUUAUGUAUUAAGUGUACUUACACACCAUAAAAACAAUCAGUGAGCAGAAUGCGAGAAACAUAAUUCAAGAAUGUAUAGUUUAUAAUUUAUUCCAUGUAGAUUUAAUUUCAUUAAGUCUAUAUUUAUGUUCCGUGACUGUACUCUUAGAUUGAUUAUUUCAUAAAUGUAUUUAUUUAUUUGAGUGGUUUAAUGUUGGGUACUCUUAGGAGUCGUUUAAUUUAAUAGCUGUGCACAUCUAGUGUUCAUGUACGUUGUGUUGGAUAGCUACCCAGUGUAGAAACCUAUUGUCACAAAGAAUGUAAAUUCCUACAGCCACUAACUUGACAUUUCCGGAAGCCCUAUUAAGGUUUUGUUUUAUGACCAUUCUCUUUCACGGUUUUUCUAUAAACUUUCUUUAUUGUACACUACGUUUUAAUUCCUCAUUUUAAAGCCUUUAGAACGCAAUUCUUGUGGCACAUAAACAUCGAAACCAAGGGGAACAAAGACAAAAAUUGUUAACCGCACAAAUUAGGCAUAAUUGUACAUCUACUUCAAAUUUAGAAUUAUUCUCCAAUUCCAGGUUCUAAAUUUUAAUUAUUCUUAAAACAACCAUUUGCAGAUUGUGAAAACAGCAUGCGAAGGUGCUGAAGUGCGAAUUUAAAUGAACCUACGCCGGCUGGUGCACUCGUAUACUCCACACAAUUUGCAGUGUUACCAUCAUCAGUCUUCAAUAAAUGUUAUACAUAACCUAUUUUACUGAAAUUUUAUAUUCAGUAUUUAUAUAAACUUACCAUUAUGUCAUAAACUGUACAAACUAAAAUUACUGAACGUUUUGAUUUAAAUUUAUUGUAUGUGGUACAGCAGCUUGAAGCAGGUCAAUCCAUUAAUAAUCUAUCAACUUCAGAAAAAGAAUGUCAGUUAUCUUCCUUUCUGAUAGGAUAUAAACAAAGAUUACAAAACAAUUACCACCACUUGAAAGAAAGUCAAAUGAAACAGGUUAGAGAACAUCUCACGGAUUCGAACGGCAACAAGAACUUAUUAAAUAUUCGUUUUAAAUACAGAAUGUUGCGAGUCCACUGGCUGUUGUGGUUUCAGUACAUGCCUUGUGCAGCAUUAACUGGAUGUCAGCAUACCCAAUGUGUUAAUUUGAGGGUUAUAUCCUGUAACGCGUUGAGUAAAAAUAACAGAGCAAAACCUAAAAUAUUCUUAAGGUUAAAAAUGUAGUAUUUUGCCAAGUAUGGGUCAUUGAGUAGGCAAGUGUUUGUGAACUCUAGAUGUGGACUAUUGUCACAUAAGUAUAAUGUAUACCAUGAACAUAUUGUACACUUUCUUGUGAAUUUAACCUAUUUGUUUAUAUCAGCUAGAAAUUAAAUACAAAUAAAAUACGUGAUAUGUUGUUCAAGCAGUGUCUUUCAUUUUAAUAAUUUCAUAAAACAAAAUUUAAAAAUUAAGUCUCGUAGAUUUGUAAAAUUGUACCAAAAUAGUGUAGAUUGUAAAUGACAGUUUUAAUGUUCACCUAACAAAUUGGAUGCUUCUUUAUAAAUAAUUUGUUAUUGUUAAAAAUUUACAAGUAUACACUUAUGAGUAUUAUUUAUUACAUACCAUAAGUAGUAAAUAUGUAGUAUGAAAACAAAAUUGAUACUAGAUUGUUAUGUUUAUGUUGUUUUUAUCAAUUGUGUUCAUUGAGAUAAAUGUUGUGGUAACAUUUAUUUUGUUUUAAUGCAGACAAGGGACAUGGCUCAGGUCCCUCCGAACCAACAUCCUGGCUACGUCCCUGGCACAGAUUUAUCUCUACAUAUUAAACCAUCACCAGUAUAUUCUAACAAGACAAGGUUGUGUUACACCAGGACUUGGAAACAUAUUGUAAACUGUGAUAUAUUAGUGUGAUGCUGAAACGUUUUAGGGCAUGGUUUGGUUUUUGGCAUGAUUACAGAUAAUAAUUUAUAAUACUAGUCUUAUCGUGUUUAAAUAUAAAAAUAAUUAUUUGAUUAUAGCCUUUAGGAACAAAACUUAGUUUUAAUGGCCAUCCCAAGUAUAAUUUAUUUAUUUGGUUACUUGCUAUGUUGAUUAUCUAAAUGGAUCAUCCCCAUCAAUAUUUUUUACAUUUUUUUUUCAUUUCUAUUGUUGUGAAAAAAUUAAUGUUUCGCCAACUCUUACUCCUGGAACUGACAAGUGUACUUCCUUAGGCUCUUAACAUGUAUAAAUUUUACACUUAUGUGACAUUACAAAAAUUAGAUUUUUUCUUACUUUAAAAUACUAAAUUCUAGAUUUUUAAAGAUUGUUAACAAAUUUAUAUAUUAUAUUACUAACUUCUAUGCAGAAAUGCAUGUAUUAAUUUUGAAUUUGAAGUACAUUAGCUUUUUCAUAUAAUCUGAGAAAACAAAUGGUUUUUAAAUAAAAAUAUUACAAAGUUAUACAAGGUAUGUUCAUAAAGUAACGGGAAUUUUUGUUUCCAGAAAAAUAUUUAUUUAUUCGUCUACAUUAAUGUCACCUUCAAAAUAGUCCUCAUUAGACAUAAAGCACUUGUGCCAGUGCUUCUUCCAAUCCUCGAAACACUUCUUAAACUCAGUCUUUGGUAUAGCAUUUAGCUUUUCAGCGAUGCACUUUUAAUAUCAUCUAUUCUUUUAUAACCUGCAAAACUUAAAAAUUCCUGUUAAUUUUUGAAUACAACUUGUAUAUUAUUCAAACUUUGAAUAGCCUAUCCAGAAUAUCUAUUUUGUAAAAAUGUGUUAUCAAUAUAGGGUGAAAAUAACUCCAUAUGAUUUUUGAAAAACAUUUUUUCUUGAUUUGAAAUAUAAAUGAUUAGCAGUUACGGGGAUACAAAUUCCAAUUUAUGAUCUCCAGACAUCCCUUAUCUCUGGCAAUGCCAUUUUAUUUUAAAUGCAAUAAGACAAAUUAUCAUAGCUACUAUACGUACAUUUUUCAUCAACAUGGUAAAACUGAAUCAUGUCCUUAGUAGUAAAUAGGCUGCAUAACACUGUAACUCUGUAGAAGCUACAAAUACAUAACAUAUUUCCAAA